AAAGGCCACCUCAGGCAACAGCAGCAGCAGUUGAGGAGUGAAAGGGUGGCGAGGUGUAUGUGAGAAGACGACUUGGAGGAGAGUGGACUCGUUAGUUGGUACUUCAUAUUUUCCUUUAUUUUAUGCAUAAAAGACAACAACCUCUCGCUUGGCGCUGAGUGACUAUGAGUGGGCCAGUGGUUUCUGCGGGAACUGAUAACUUGAUGGCCCGGAUCGGGGAGGGCGAGCGGAGUCAGAGUUCAGGUGGACAGCCGCUGAAGCUGGCACAUCGGUCACCAACCGUUGGCCCUGGCGUCGUGCCGGGGAUGCAGGCCGAUCCGAGCCGUGACAGCAGAGGGCGAGCGCCGCUCGAGUGCGCGAGUGACGCCGAAACUGAGCUUGUCGUCCCAGCGCAAGGAGGCGGUGGCAGCGGCGGAGGAGGAGGAACUCCAGCCGUGGUAGGAGGAGGAGGAGGGGGAGGAGGCAGCAGCGGAGGAGGUGGUGGCAAGAGGAGACACCGGAGGCGACCGUCCAAGAAGAAGCGUCGCUGGAAGCCCUACUUCAAGCUAUCUUGGGAGGAGAAGAAACAGCUGGAUGAGAGAGAGAGCGUACGGGCGGCCAAGACCCGGGCCGAGAUGUUCGCGAAAGGUUUCACCGUGGCUCCUUACAACACCACCCAGUUCCUCAUGGAGGAACACAACCAGGAGGAGCCCGACCUCAACACCGGCGUCUGCCCUAAACGUGUCAACAAGUCGGAUGAGACGAGCGAGGAAGAAGAGCUGGAAGAGGAGGAUCAGGACAGCGGCAGUGAUGGCAUGGGAGGCAACGGCAGCGAAUUCCUGCAGAGAGACUUCUCCGAAACUUACGAGAAGUAUCACGCAGAGAGCCUGCAGAACAUGACCAAGCAGGAGCUGAUUCGGGAAUACCUGGAGCUGGAGAAGUGUCUGUCCAGGCUGGAGGAUGAGAACAACCGGCUGCGGUGUCGCUUGGAAGGGAAGAAACUGGCCCGGGGUAACGAGGUGAUGGAAAACAAGAUCAGAGAACUGGAAGGAGAGAUUGAGAGACUGAGAGCCGAAAACCUCGAGCUCCAGGAAGAAAACGAACAGUAUAAACGGAAAAAUAGACUGUCGGAAAAUGAUUAAAACGUGAACUCGGGUUACAAAUCUAAAAACGACCAUAUUUUUAGUCUGUACAAAUUCUAGAUUUGUUUUGGAUUCUGUUUAUUUGACACGAUCUAAUUGGCUUAUUUUGAAAUUUGGGUUAGGAUAACUUUUUUCCCCCUUUUUACAUUUUUAGCAUCUGCCUUUGCAGAAAGUUGGAAAUAACUUUAACUUGUGUUUUAUACAAGUCUUUCCCCAGCCACAUUUUGCUACGUGUGUAAUCUGAACCAAACUAUAGGCAGGUAGAGGAGAUGAAUUCUCUACACUUUUUAAUAACAUGGGUUUUAUUUUGGGGAUGUGAUUUUUUUUAAACCAGUAUGUUAAGUUACUUUCUGUCAGUUGAUUGUAGACCUGAUUUUCUGAAAUGUUGCCAAAUGUAUAAUGCCUAUGGUACACAAUCCUCUGUUUAGAGGAAGAUCUGUCCAAACCAUUAAAUUAUGGAUAUUUAAAAAAAAUGCAUGGAUUUUCAAUGGCUGUUCUAAACCAGUGGGUAGUUAUCCCUCUAUUUGUUGAUUUUAUCACCUUUUAAUAUUUGACUCGACUAUUCAAUUGUUCAGGAGCAUUGGCUAUUCCUGUUAAUGUUUUUCUUUUGUGAAAGCCCUUAAAUGUGUAACUUUGUGUAUUGAUCCACUUUUUUUCUCAAAUUGUUCCAUUUAUUGUGGGAAUUAUAUGGGGCAAACCAAACUAGCAAGUAACCAAUGUUAACACGAAAUCCGCAGAUGCUGGAAAUUCAAGCAACACACAAAAUGCUGGUGGAAUGCAGCAGGCCAGGCAGCAUCUAUAGGGAGAAGCACAGUCGACGUUUGGGGCCGAGACUCUUUGUCUUUUCUUUCCGUUAGUCUUGGCCCCAAACGUUGACUGUGCUUCUUCCCAUAGAUGUUGCCUGGCCUGCUGUGUUUCACCAGCAUUUUGUGUGUGUUGCUUGAAGUAAGUAUGUUUCAAAUUUCUGUUAUAAAAUGUGGCAACAACAUCUUGGCUGUACUUCCCAAGGAAAAACGUGGGUAUUAAGAUUGAGGUGAAAUUUGUAAAGAAAAACACAACACAAUGUACCUUUUACAUGGCACUAAAUGAAUUUAAAAAAUAAAAUUAGUGUCUUUAAAUUCUUGUGUUUAAUAACGAACAAAUAAUUUGGGAGCUUAGUAGUUCUUUCCAUUAGUGGUUGAGCAUUCUGCAAAAUUAUUUUUUUUAAUAUCUAUGGAUCUGGAGCUUAAAGUUUGGGGAUUUAUCAUUUUAAAGGCCUUUUCAGUUGCUAUUGGUCUCUGAUGGAAUAAGUGUGACUAGAGAUGUAAUAAAGGUGUGUCCUUAGCUGAUUGGUUGUAACUUUAAAGAGGAGAGUAGUUUGAGUAAACUGAGGCAAUAAUGAGGACACCUUUCUCCUUUUAUUGUCCCCCAAUCAAUGGGCAGGUUACUUUGUGGUUAACUGUUAGUCGCUACUCUUGAUGAAUGGAAAGGAUCCCAUUUAUUACACUACAACGGGAUUGCUGGAAUUCAACUUCUGCUUGCAAUAUUUCUAUUGGAGACAUUUUUGAUACGACAAUGUUACAACUUGGUUAGAAACUGGUGAGUUUUGGAACUGUUGAAAUUAACCAUUUAAAGGAGUAUAGAUUGAAAGGUAUUGUAAUAUGAGAAUCAAAAUUAUUACUAUUGCAAUAAACUGUGCAGGUGAAUUUUGUCUUGCCAAAUAGAACAAAGCCAUUUUGUACUCAAAAUUUAGCUACUAAUUAUGUUUGACAAUUCCAGUGUUCAAGAAUUGUCUCACAUUUGUUCCUUUUUUUUUGAUAGGAUGAAUUUCCCCUAGAAUGUCAUCAGUAUAGUUGUUGUCAAAACUGUUAAUCAGACAUAUUGUAGCUUGAGAAGUAAAGGUUACUGUGUUUUGGCUCAAUUUCAAGUUAGUACCUUACUCAGAGAAGCCAGUAUUUUGAAAGUUUUGGACACUUUGUAAACGUGUAUGUAAUAUGGUUGUUGUCUGACUUAUGAGCUCAACAAUGAAUAGGUAGUCUGGAAAUAUUCAAAUAGCUUUUUUAUUAGGUGAGUACUGACAUUCAGACAGAUUUCAAUGCUCCCCAUGGUUGCUAAGUGAUUCUCUUGUGUUGGGGUUCCCCACCUGGGGUCCACAGACCUCUUGCUUAAUGAUACUGGUUCAUGACAUUAAAAAAAAGAUUGGGAACCCCUGUUCUACUUGAAUAGUAACUGAUGGAAACAAAAAAAAAGUAGUUAAUAAAAAUCAGAAAUGUUCAGUUUUCCAAAGCUGACUAUAAAUGGUUAGUAAGUUAAUGUUAUUUUAAUGUGCAUCUUGCCCUUAUAAUGGCCAUGUUUUUCUGUUCACUUUUCUUGGUUCAAGGCUAUAUUUGACUUUUUUUUUGCACUUACUUUUUUUUAAAUUGUACUUGAUUUGAUAUACGAGGAAGUGUUGGAAAUUUCCUCUAAGUUGUAGCAUUAGGUUUUGCAAGGUACCUGUUAAGAUUACUUGUAAAUGGCUCUACUUCCAAGAAGACCCAACAGAUGAAUUAAAAUGGACACGUGUUCCUGAGUAUGGCAUACAUUGAAUGACAACCUACUCACAACUAUCUUUGUUCCUUUUUUAAUUCUUGAUAGUUCCACAAACUUACGAUACGAAAUGCAGCCUUGCAUCAUACUAACUGCUACACUAAUCUCAGCCUGAAAUGUCAACUGGUUAUUUGUUUCCAUAGAUGCUGCCUGACCUGAGUUCGUCCAGCAUUUUAUGUGUUGCUCUGGAUUUCCAGCAGCCUCAGAUGUAUAAAUGAUAGAAUCAUUCAUUGAGCUUAGCCUGACUAUAAUUUCUUCUGAUUGUAGAAACUUACUCUCAAAGGUAGCACCACUCUUUCACACUUUGACUGCUAGAUGAUGUGUGGUUACCACCACUGUUUUGUUUACUAAAACUUGAAUCAG